GCCGGCCCGCGCGCGGCUGCCCGCUCCGCCGCCAUGGCUACGUCCCCGCAGAAGUCGCCCUCCGUCCCCAAGUCCCCCACUCCCAAGUCGCCCCCGUCCCGGAAGAAAGAUGACUCCUUCUUGGGGAAACUCGGAGGGACGCUGGCCCGGAGGAAGAAAGCCAAGGAGGUAUCAGAGCUUCAGGAGGAGGGCAUGAAUGCCAUCAACCUGCCCCUCAGCCCGAUCCCCUUCGAGCUGGACCCGGAGGACACCAUGCUGGAGGAGAAUGAAGUGCGAACAAUGGUGGACCCCAACUCCCGCAGCGACCCCAAACUGCAGGAACUGAUGAAGGUACUAAUCGACUGGAUUAAUGACGUGCUUGUUGGAGAAAGAAUCAUUGUGAAAGACCUGGCUGAAGAUUUAUAUGACGGGCAAGUCCUACAGAAGCUCUUUGAAAAACUUGAGAGCGAGAAGCUGAACGUUGCUGAAGUCACCCAGUCAGAGAUUGCUCAGAAGCAAAAGUUGCAGACCGUCCUGGAGAAGGUCAACGAAACCCUGAAGCUUCCUCCCAGGAGCAUCAAGUGGAAUGUGGACUCUGUUCACGCCAAGAGCCUGGUAGCCAUUUUGCAUCUGCUGGUUGCUCUGUCCCAGUAUUUCCGGGCACCGAUCCGACUCCCAGAUCAUGUCUCCAUCCAAGUGGUUGUGGUCCAGAAACGAGAAGGAAUCCUCCAGUCUCGGCAAAUCCAAGAGGAAAUAACUGGUAACACAGAGGCUCUUUCCGGAAGGCACGAACGUGAUGCCUUUGAUACCUUGUUUGACCAUGCACCAGACAAGCUCAAUGUAGUGAAAAAGACACUCAUCACUUUUGUGAACAAGCACCUGAAUAAACUGAACCUGGAGGUCACAGAACUGGAAACCCAGUUUGCAGAUGGGGUGUACCUGGUGCUGCUCAUGGGGCUCCUGGAGGGCUACUUCGUGCCCCUGCACAGCUUCUUCCUGACCCCGGACAGCUUUGAACAGAAGGUCUUGAAUGUCUCCUUUGCCUUCGAGCUCAUGCAAGACGGGGGAUUGGAAAAGCCAAAACCACGGCCAGAAGACAUUGUCAACUGUGACCUGAAAUCCACACUGAGAGUGCUGUACAACCUCUUCACCAAGUACCGGAACGUGGAGUGAGGGGCACCCUGGCCCGUUCCCCGGCCACCUUAACCUGCUUGUUCCCGUGUCCAGCUCUGUGCUCUCCCGCCAGUCCAGCCACCGCCCGGGGAGAGUGGAGCUGAAGUUAGGAAGGAAAUGAUCAGUAACCGGGUGGGCUGACUCACACCUCCCAGGCAGUGGGGACUGACCCAGCCACUCCUCCCAUCUGGUGCCAGCUCCAGAGUUCCUCAGUGCGAUUCGGGAACCAGUUUAGGCACAAGAGACUCCCCUUAGAAGAUGAAAACGAAGAUAAUCGUUACCAUUUAAUGGUUGUAAACUAGGUGCCGGGCACCACGCUAAGUGCUCUGACAUCCUCAAACUCCUUAACACUCAAGGAUCCCCACUGAAGCAGGUAUUAUAAUCCCCUUGGAAGAUUAUAAUGCUCAGAUGAGGCAACUGAGGCUCAGAGAGGUUACGUGACUUGCCAGAGGCUGGCAUGUGUUUUUCUUCUUUGAACAUGCUUGUUAAUAACUAGCCCAUCCCAUUAGUCUAUAGUUGUGGGGGACGGUUUGGGCACCUGCACCCUCAAAGAUGGCGGGAGCCCACCCAUCCCCCCACCAGGCGAGCUGCGUCGCGGCUUAGUGAUUCACACUGAAAUUGGCGAAUCCAAUUUAAGUCAAUUAAUAGUGUGUGUGUGGGGCAGGAGUCCUGUCCCUCCACUACUUUGUACAAAUGAAAAUUACUCUUAAUUCCUUCAGAUUUGUAAUAACCCCAUACUCUGGUUUCAGGGUGAUAUUUGGGAAGAAUUCUGUUUAAAAUUAAUGGAGUGGCACAUUCUGCAGCCUUUUUGCUUGAUUGCAUGUAAUGGAAGUGCCCUAUAUUUUCCUGCAAAAUAAGUACUCAAUUCAUUAUCGUUAGGCAAAUGUACGGUAGCCUCAGGCACCACAGAGAGCUGGGCGCAGGCCCACGUGAGCGUGGCUUGGGAAGCAGGGCCCUUCAACAGGGACCCUUGAACUUUAAAGAAAGGAACUCCUUUUUGCCUUCUAAUUGAUCAUUUAGACCAUUCCUGGCGAAGUCUGCCUACAUGCAAUUACUGGCUAAUUCAAGCGAGGAAAAAUGUAAGUCAUUUAGACCCAAGCCGAGCAGUUUCCUUGCGUGGGUUUACUCGCGGGCUUGCGGUUACUCGUAUCCCCUCUCUGUGAACCCAACUCUGAAAUAUAGGUCUGGUAGUCCCAGGCUGCUGGGUUCUGCGAGAAUAGAAAAGGGGCCAAAAUGGGGGUGACCAGAAGGACAAGAAGCAUGAGGAAGCAUUUGCACACUUCACAUGGGGAGGGGGACACCCCCAGAAGAGGGUUGGGGCUUGUGGUACUUAACACUUGUGCCCUUCCAUUAACCAAGGCCUUGGGGUAAAUAGUAACUCGUUCUCAUAUUAUAUCUUCGUUAUAGAAUUUUCCUAAACAUGCCAGAUGGACACCAGCCUGUAGACCCGCCUGAAGUCUGUGCCUGCUUUGGCACUACUUUCGGCUUAUUUCCCAAAGCCCACCUCUAGUUUGAGGAAUUAAUUUUGAUCUCCAUCUACAGCCCACAGCCCCACCCCACCCCCAACAAGUUGGGCCUCCCAUAUUGUCCCAAACAUUUCCUUCCAGCUUCGACGCAUUUCCUGCUCUCUAUCUGCAGUAACUCAGAACCCAUAAAAUUUAGAUACACCACAAUAUUUCCGUGGACAUUUUGCUCUAAGAAAUCAUUGUUACUCAGCAUAAUGAGCUUUUAAGAUAUAAAGACAAUGUACUCUCUCGUGCCAAUUAUGUAAAAGAAUACAACUCUUUUUAUGUGAUUAAUGAAAUACUACGUUUUUCAUUAGGAAACACUAAAUACUAUAAUAUUUCUGUGUGUGCUCAUGUAAAUUCCUGACAGCAAAUCAAGAUAAACCAUUGCUUUGUCUCCUUGAGCAGUCCAGAAGUGGGAUGAAAUGAGAGGAAUGUGUUCACUUAAACAUGCUUUGCUAUACGAA